CUUGAUUCCGUGCGUAAUUAUUUUUACGUGAAUCGGCCAUUUUCGAACAUUUUCUUGAGCGGGAACACAGAGUGACGCCAUCUUGGACAAAAUUGAUAGUACUUGCUCACAUAUUUUCAAGAUAUCAACGAUAUUAUAUAAGAUCUGAACAUAUUGUGUAUGCAGCAAGAUUGCAGAUGUAAUCAGGCAUUUCAGAAACGUCUUCUUGAGUAUAACUACAAUCUGGUGUAAAAGGAGAAUAGCAUCAUGUUUUAUGCUCAUUUUGUGCUGAGUAAGAAGGGGCCAUUGGCUAGAAUCUGGCUGGCAGCUCAUUGGGAUAAAAAGCUGACCAAGGCUCAUGUGUUUGAAACCAAUGUAGAGAGCAGUGUAGAAGCCAUCAUAGAGCCUAAGGUAAAGAUGGCCUUACGUACAUCUGGUCACUUGUUGCUUGGUGUGGUGAGAAUCUACUCUAGAAAGGCCAAGUAUCUCCUAGCAGAUUGUAAUGAGGCAUUUGUCAAGAUUAAGAUGGCGUUCAGACCAGGUGUAGUUGAUCUACCUGAAGACAAUAGAGAAGCUGCAGUUGCUGCUAUCACAUUACCUGAAAACUUCCAUGACUUUGACACAACACUCGCAGAUCUUAAUGAUAUAGAUGUGCAGGCACAGUUCUCAGUUAACCAGAGCCGUCCAGAAGAAAUUACAAUGAGGGAAGACUUUGGAAAUAUUACUCUAGUCAAUGAUGAUGGUUUUGGUGACAUUGGGUUUGAUGACAGAGAGCUUUUGCGUGAUGAACACAUAGAUGACUCCCUUUUCAAGAAACCAGGAUCUUCCAGUAUUCUUCUUGAUAGUUCACAUAAGAAAGAUGAUUCCUCUGUCAUAGCACCUCCAGAGAAAUCCAUGGAAGUGGAUCCAUUCCAAGCGCCUAUACAAGACGAUGGUUUUGGUGGAAGUAUGGGUGGGGCAGAUAUGCUAGAUGAUGAUGCACCUGGCGCAGAAAGUUCAGACGAUGAUGACAACUUUGGUGGAGGCAUGGACCAUGAACUGUUUGGUGACUUUGAUGGGGGGCUGUUCCAAGAUGCUCCAAUGCCAGAGGUACCUAUGGCCCAAGAUGUAGAACCAUCAACCAGUAAACAACCUGAACUUGAAAAGGAAACAUCAGAAAAACCUCUAGAUUCAGAAGAGCAUGAUACUUUUGGCCACACCAUAGAGACAGAGGCUCCAAGUCAUGCAUCUUCUGUGCAGCCAGACCAAACAACCCUAGUGCCUAAUGAGGAGGAGGCCUUUGCCCUUGAACCCCUAGAUGUAACCACAGUAGCAGGAACUGAAAGAAAGGCCAAAAGGAAAAGGAAGCUGAUUGUAGAUGAAGCCAAGGGUAUUGCUAGUGACACGAUGAAGAUGCAACUGUCUGACACCUCAGAUAUUGUAACUACCUUAGAUCUGGCACCACCCACUAAGAAACUGAUGCACUGGAAGGAGACUGGUGGUGUUGAGAAGCUAUUCUCCCUCCCAGGUCGCAGUAUUCCCUCCAAGAGGCUGUCUAGGUUGUUUGGUCGUAAUUUGGUGACGCGACCUCUAACAGAUGAGCAAGAACAAGAAGAAGACAGGUUAGAGCUGGAAUCUCCUGAAAUAAACAGAGAACAGACAGAAGAACAACAACCACCAGUUGAAGAUACAUCCGUCAUUCCUGAGCUGUCCACUAUAACAGAGGAGACUUCACGAGUAGAUACAUCCACAAAGGAGAAGGAACCAUCUAGGAGAUCCACCAGGGGAGACAAGUCUGGCUCUAAGACACCACUCCAGGAGCCUGAACCAGAACCUCUACCAGAUCAGACUUUUGCACAACCAGAGCUGGAGAUGCCAGUUGAAAUGCCUCCACUUGAAAUGCCUGAAUCUGUGAAACCUGUAGAGAGGGAAGAUGAGGAAGAAGUGAACGAUGAGAACCUGACAGCUGAGGAGCAAGAUGAACAAAGGUGGAACAAACGUAGUCAACAGAUGUUAUACACACUCCAACGUUCACUACAAAAACGUAAGGACUUUACCUUCCAGGAAUUGUUAGUGAAAAAUUCCCGCAAACAGGCAGCUUCUAAAUUCUACUCACUACUAGUGCUACGUAAGACAGACUCUAUCACCGUGAAACAGACUGAAGCGUAUGGAGAUAUUUUAAUAGGAAAGGGACCAAAGUUUGCAAAGUGGAUUAGCAAUGGAUACACUGUAUUGUCAUUUGUCAGUGUAUUGUCAGUGUCAGAUGGAAGUGCUAUGGGAUUGACUGUGAUGGUGGAUGGGAAAUGGCAUUUAGGGUUGGCCAGUGCUAAUGCCUCCCACUGGCGUUAUGGACCAAAUAUGUGGUUAUCACUUAUCCAGUUACAAACUGUGCUAGGCCACUCUGGCUACAUAGGCUGUGUCCAGAAAAUACCUGGGAUCUGGUGA